UCCCAGCACGAUGGUCCCGGCAGCCGGCAGCCUUCCCCCGGACCAGGAGCCCCUGCUGGAGGAUCCCGCGGGCAGCAGGUACAGCCGGCAGAAGCCAAGGGAUCGCUGGCAUGGUGCUUACGUGAUAUUUUUCCUCUUGGGCAUCGGGUCCCUGCUGCCCUGGAAUUUCUUCAUCACGGCCAAGCACUACUGGAGGUACAAGCUGCAGAACUGCUCGGAUGAGCCGGGCCCAGAGGGGCAGGCGGCCUCAGACCUGCGGGACUAUUUUGAGAGUUACAUCUCCAUUGCUUCCACCGUGCCCUCAGUGCUGUGCCUGAUUGGAAACUUCCUGCUUGUCAACAAGGUUCCUGCCAGUGUCCGGAUCCUGUCCUCCCUCUUUGUCAUGCUGGCCGUUUUCCUGGUGAUCACGGUGCUGGUGAAGGUGGACACGUCCUCCUGGACCACGCCCUUCUUUGCCCUCACCGUGGGCUGCGUGGCUGUGGUCAGCAGCGCCUCCACUGUCUUCUCCAGCAGCAUCUUCGGCCUGAGCAGCUGCUUCCCCAUGAGGAACCUGCAGGCUCUGAUCUCAGGCCAGGCCAUGGGUGGCACCAUCAGUGCCGUGGCCUCUGUGAUAGACCUGGCAGCAGCAGCCGAUGUCACCGACAGCGCCCUGGCCUAUUUCCUCACUGCUGACAUCUUCAUCGUCAUCUGCAUCAUGGUGUACCUGCUCCUGCCCAGGCUGGAGUACUCCAGGUAUUACCUGAGCAGCCAGAAGGAGAGCCCCUCUCUGGUCACUGUGCCCCCCGACAGCCCCGUGGAGGACGAGGCACAGCCAGGAGGUAGCACAAAUUCCUCCUUCCUCACCAAAAGUGCUGGAAUCCCCCCACUCCGCCCCAUCCUGCAGAAGACCGCCCUCCUGGGCUUCUGCCUCUUCUACGUCUUCUUCAUCUCCAUCAUCAUCUUCCCUUCCCUCUCCUCCAACAUUGAGUCUGUCAGCAAAUCCUCGGGAAGCCCGUGGAGCACCAAGUACUUCACGCCCCUCACGUGUUUCCUCCUGUACAACUUUGCUGACUGGUGUGGGAGGCAGGUCACUGCCUGGAUCCAGGUGCCUGGCCCCAAGAGCAAACUGCUGCCUGCCCUUGUCCUCCUCAGAACCAUCUUCCUCCCUCUCUUCAUCCUCAGCAACUACCAGCCCCGGGCUCACAUCCGGACCGUGGUGUUCGACCAGGACUUCUACCCCGUGGUCUUCACGGCGCUGCUGGGGCUCAGCAACGGCUACCUGGGCACGCUGGUCAUGGUCUAUGGCCCCAAAAUCGUGCCCAAAGAGCUGGCUGAGGCAGCAGGGGUGGUGAUGACCUUUUACCUCGUGCUGGGGCUGGCUCUGGGCUCUGCCUGUGCUGUUUUCGUGGUGCACCUCGUGUAGAGGGGCAGGAAGAGGAGGAGGAGGAUGCCCUCGGUUUGUGGAGCUGCUGUUGGGUAUUUAGGGUUUGGGUUUUUUCCCAAAAAAAGUCAGGUAGCCUGUGGUUUUACCUGAAUUGGGAGGGGGGGGUAGCUGCAUCCAGGGGGGAUGCAGAGGAAAAGUCUCCCUUCUGGGAAGGGGCAUCCCCUGUGCUUGGGAAGGUUCUGUCAGACAUUGUCGCUCCCCAAUUUAAUGGAGCAGGGACCAAAACAGCUUCACCUUCCCCAGGGAACUCAGGGAAGCACCAGGGAUGCAGGGAUACCAUCCCUUACCCUUGUG